CUCCCUCCCCCCCGCCCCCCCCCCUCAGCUGUUGCCUCGCGCGUGCCCGCCGCCUCUCCGCCGUCUCGCGCUCCCCUCGCUGCCGUUGUCUGCGGCGCGCGCUGGCCCGCUCCGCCGCCUCGCCGCGGCACCGGGCGACCGCCUAAAAUGACUCUGUGAAUUCAGUGGAAUAAAUGGCGUCCAAAGUAACUGAUGCUAUAGUUUGGUACCAGAAGAAGAUUGGGGCAUAUGAUCAACAAAUAUGGGAAAAAUCAGUAGAGCAAAGAGAAAUAAAGGGUUUGAGAAACAAACCAAAGAAAACAGGACAUGUGAAACCAGACCUCAUAGAUGUUGAUCUUGUAAGAGGAUCUGCUUUUGCUAAAGCAAAACCUGAAAGUCCUUGGACAUCUCUGACCCGCAAAGGAAUCGUGAGAGUUGUUUUCUUUCCGUUCUUCUACAGGUGGUGGCUACAAGUGACAUCAAGGGUCAUCUUUUUCUGGCUGCUUGUUCUUUACCUUCUUCAAGUUGCUGCUGUAGUGUUAUUCUAUACAGCCCAAAGCCCACAUAAUAUACCUCUGACUGAAGUAAUUGGGCCAAUAUGGCUAAUGUUGCUACUUGGAACUGUGCAUUGUCAGAUUGUUUCAACACGAACUCCUAAGCCACCUCCCAGCACAGGGGGUAAAAGAAGAAGGAAAUUAAGGAAAGCAGCACAUUUGGAAGUACAUAGGGAAGGAGAUGGCUCUAGUACCACAGAUAACACACAGGAGGGAACAGUGCAGAGCUACGGUACAAGCACCUCUUGCAGUAUUGGCGCUGUCUUCAGAGAUAUCUGGCAUGCUGCUUUCUUUUUAUCAGGAUCUAAGAAAGCAAAAAACUCAAUAGAUAAAUCCACUGAGACUGAUAAUGGCUACGUGUCCCUUGAUGGGAAAAAGACAGGUAAAAGCAGUGAAGAAUGUGUGCAGGCCCAGGAACGUCGGUGUGAAGUGAUUAAGCCAGAAGAGUCAGGGUGGAGCACUGCAACAGUGAGAGAUGCCUUCAGCAAUUACAGUCAUCACAAAGAUACUCACAGGACUGUGACAAAUUUAUCAGAUGAAGUUUCUAGUGAGGAAGGGCCUGAAACUGGAUAUUCUUUACGUCGCAAUGUAGAACGCACUUCCAGUGAUUGUACACUUCGAAACAGGAAAUCUCACCAUUAUAAGAAGCACUGUCCUCUGGAGGACACACCUAAAUCAGGUACUAGCUGCAGUUCUCGAUGUUCAAGCUCCAGACAAGAUUCUGAGAGUGCAAGACCAGAAUCAGAAACUGAAGAUGUGCUGUGGGAGGACCUCUUACACCGUGCGGAGUGCCACUCUUCCUGUACCAGCGAGACAGAUGUAGAAAGCCCUCAAGUGAAUCCAUGUGUGAAGAAAGAAUACAGAGAUGACCCAUUUCAUCAGAGUCAUUUGCCUUGGAUCCACAGUUUGAAUCCAGGACUAGAAAAAAUAAGUGCAAUUGUAUGGGAGGGUAAUGACUGCAAGAAAGCAGAUAUGUCUGUGCUCGAAAUCAGUGGUAUGAUAAUGAACAGAGUGAACAGCUAUAUACCAGGAAUUGGUUAUCAGAUUUUUGGAAACAUCAUAUCUUUAAUCUUGGGUUUAAUGCCAUUUGUCUUUCGACUUUCCCAAGCUAAAGACUUGGAACAACUAGCUACACAUUCUGCCACUGAACUUUGUAUGACUGCAUUUGGAUCAAAUGGAGAUAUUCUGGUUCUCUCAAUGGUGGUUAUAAGUUUUGUGGUCCGUGUCUCUCUAGUGUGGAUUUUCUUUUUUCUGCUGUGUGUAGCUGAGAGGACGUAUAAACAGAGGCUACUUUUUGCCAAACUUUUUGGUCACCUAACAUCUGCCAGAAGGGCAAGAAAAUCCGAGGUUCCUCACUUCCGUUUGAAGAAAGUACAAAAUAUAAAAAUGUGGCUUUCUCUCAGGUCCUAUCUAAAGCGUCGAGGUCCUCAACGCUCAGUUGAUGUAAUAGUUUCAUCUGCUUUCCUACUGACUAUCUCAGUUGUGUUUAUCUGUUGUGCACAGCUGCUUCACAUGCAUGAGAUCUUCCUUGAGUGUCACUACAAUUGGGAACUCAUAAUUUGGUGCAUUUCACUAACUCUUUUUCUCUUAAGAUUUGUUACUCUUGGAUCUGAAACCAGUAAAAAGUACAGCAAUACCUCAAUAUUACUUACUGAGCAGAUAAACUUGUACUUGAAAAUGGAGAAAAAGCCUAACAAGAAGGAGGAGCUGACACUAGUGAACAAUGUUUUAAAACUUGCUACUAAGUUAUUGAAGGAACUGGACAGUCCCUUCAGGUUGUAUGGGCUUACAAUGAAUCCACUGCUUUAUAAUAUCACCCAAGUUGUUAUCUUGUCAGCUGUUUCUGGUGUCAUCAGUGACUUGCUUGGAUUUAAUCUAAAGCUCUGGAAGAUCAAAUCUUGACAAUACAUAAAGAAGACGAGAUAACACAGUGUUAUAGAAAAGCUCAUUGAUUGACAAAACUGCCUCAAAGCAGCCACUGAAAUCUGUAUUUCAGAUGCUACAACCUCUUCAAGGAUGUCAUUUGGAAAAUUGAAGUGUUUACAUCUGACUGUCUUGUGCAAUCUUUGUAUUUAUUUCAACUUCUCACUGUUUAUGUUCAUUUUAGUUGACAUUUAUAUUUUCUUUUCAAAAUUACUUGUUUAGCUUUGGAAAGAGUCAGCUUUGAGAAGGGUCAAAAAUUGUGUGUCUGAGAACUUCUGUUGUUAAAGUUGAAGCCAGUGCUGAACAUUUUUAGUUACGGUAACACUAUAAGGAAGUCAUUUGAUUGUUGAUAAUGUGGUAAAAUUGCUUAGAAUAUUUCAUUUGCACCAAUCAUUUAUGAGGACAACAUAACAUCAAUAGAUGUUUGGUUGCAAUAGAAAAGUGAGACAUAUACAAAAAAUAAAGUACUGACAAUACAGUAUGACAGGUAGCAUAAACAUUUUAUAUUAAUAUUAGAUGCAAAUGGGAACUUUUAAUAUUUUGAGUAAUUCCAGGAUCUAAACUCGUAUAGGCUGCAGUUUAAAUAUCCUGGGAUAUUAAUCAAGGUAUUAUAUAACAAGUCAACAAGUGCUCUUUGAUAACACUUUUAUUAGAGCAAUAAUUGUAAAUGGUUACCAUGCUGUAUGAUAUUUUGAUAAAAUUAAAUAUUGUAUUUAUUUGAAAUACUGGGCUGUUCUGCGCAGCUCUGACUGUGCAUGCUCAAUAUGUGCACUUUUUAUUGUUACUUUUAAUGAGAAACUUUAUAUAUAUACAUAUAAAUGUAUAUUAAUUGGAAUAUAUUAUGGUGAACUAUGGAGCAGUAUAUAUUGUAUGUUGAAGCUGAGUAUUUAAAGAAGCCGAAGAUUUACUGGUGAAAGGAGUGCUAUGAAUGACUGAGCAUAAGAUAGAUAGAUGCUCUCCUCUUGUACACUAUAGUAUAUGCCAUUCAUACCACAUUGAAGUUUAAGAACAGCUUAAUACAGAAAAGUUCCUCUGGUGAGCAGCAGAGCUCAUGAAGCCUGGUAGUCAGCAGAUUUGUGUCUUCAGAUAACCUGCUCUCCUCCUGUUCCUCCCCAGCAGGUGUCAUUCCCCAGCGCUUUCCUGGCUGGGGUUUCCCAGCUCUCCCUCUGCCUUCUGUCCCCUGCCUCCCACACGGACCAGUCAUAUUGACUCAUGGUUCUUCAGCGUGACAAAAAUUGAUGUUCACCCAUGUAGACUUAAGUUACCUGGAACAAACUUCCCAUCUACAAAUUAUGUGGGAGGAUUAAUAUCGCCAGGUGCAAGUAUUCUUACAUUUUGUGGUUCCAAAAUAGUGUCUUCAUAUUGAAAAAUGACAAGUAAGUAGAUGACAAGAGUCUGGACAUUGCACUACGCUUGCUAAUCUUCAGAAUCUUGAAAGAUUUGAAGUAAUGUACCUUAAACUUAUGUGGUAUAAAAAUAUUUUUAUAUAUAAAGCAACACAAACAAGCAUUUUGUAUUUUAUUUGCCUCUGUACUAACGUUUAAUAAUGACCAAAGUGCAUUCUGGUUUUUGAAAGAAUGUAUUACUGGAGCUUUAAGAACAUACUGUAUUUAGUUUCUCAUAUGAAAACUUCAGCUGCAUCUGAUCUGUUUCUUCUUUCUCUGUUGUUUGAUGUUGGGAUUGUUUUUAAAAACCAAGUACAUUUUAUAUACAGUUUUUUCCAAAUUAUGGUAUAGACAUACACAGAACUUAAUUUUGCACAAAAUGUAUUUUAAGAAAAAAAAAGUACAGCAGGAGUUCUAUGGGUGAUAAAAGAUAAAGCUAUUGCUUUUUACAGCUUGUCACUAUUACAGAACCAUUCUUUGCUCUAGAAUGGAAUUACUUUUAGAAAUGUAAAAUGCUGAAUAUAUGGCUUUUGUUACCUGAAAAAAAAAAAAAAAAAAAGAAGAAAAAAAAAAAGAGGGGGGAGGGAAAACAUUGCGGUUUUGGUCAGAGGUGAAAUUAGUUUAACCACGUAUACCUCAGCAACUAGCACUGUGCUGGAUUGUUGCACUAACAAGUGGCAGCUUGGGGAGAGUAAAAGAGUCACAAAAUGAAAUUAAAAAUAAUAAACCCCAGUAUUUCCUACUAUUAGGUAUAUUCAUUAUGUUAAAAAUGGAAGAGGUUUAUUUUCCAUCCCUCAGGGUGGAAAACCCAGUAUGAGAAUAGAGGCAAGUAGAAAUAUGGCAGAUCUUGUGUGUUAACUGUAAUUUUUUGCCACCUGUUUUGUAACUGAAAGUGUGAUCAGGCUUGGAAUAAAGCUUUCUAUGGUUGAUGGUAAAAAAGAAGAAAAAACAAUGGGUCAGAUAUGUCUUUUAGUAAUAUCCAGCAUAUUUCUGAGUCUGCCUGUUUUGAUUUAAAUCCAUAUAUUCGAUUUAGAUUAAAUUAAAGCAUAUUUGGUAGACAAAUCCUGCACAUGGAAUGCAAAUGAUGGUUGUCAAAAUUGCACUUCAUUGCAAGAACACAAACUUUCAGACACAUUUAGUUAUGCAAAGUAGUUUAAUCUUAUUGACUACUGAACAUGUGGCUUCUAAAUAACUGUUUCUAUUGGAAAAAUAUUGAAACGGAAUUUAGUUCUAUUUUACCAGGAUUUAAGGGAUUAAUUUCAAUCAUCA